CUUUGGUGUUUGAAGAUGUUGCAUCUCUGUAUGUGGCCUGAGUGAUUCCAUGUUGUGGUUUCUCAUUAUCAUGUGGUAUAUCACAUCUGGAAAUCUCCCUUCUCAUAUAUAAUUGUGAGAUAUGACAAUUCAUUGCCGUGUUUGAUUCUCACAUACCACGAGUUUUAGGGAGGAGACAGAGUGCAUUUUCUGAGUGAGGCAGGUCUCACUCUUCUUGAUAUGGCUUCAGAAAUCACCUAUGCAGAAGUGAAGUUCAAGAAUGAAUCCAACUCCUCAGGCACCUACUCAGAUUCUGCUACAGCUCCCAAAGUGAAGCCCACCCCUCCUCUAAGUAAGCCUGGCUGCCCUUCGCUGCUCUUCACAUCACUGAUGGCACUUUUCCUGCUGUUGGCCAUCUCAUUCUUGGCUGCUUUUAUCUUUUAUUUUCAAAAAUACUCUCAACUUUUUGAAGAAAAAAAAGCUAUAAGAGAUCUAACUCACAAAGAAUUGAACUGCACAAAAGACAGUCCACCAAUGGAUGAUAGAGUCUGGAGCUGUUGCCCAAAGAAUUGGAAGCCAUUUAGUUCCCACUGCUACUUCACUUCCACUGACUCAGCAUCUUGGAGAGAAAGUGAGGAGAAGUGCUCCAGCAUGGGUGCUCAUCUGAUGGUGAUCCACAGCCAGGAAGAGCAGAAUUUCAUCACCAAUACCCUGCAUUCUAAAGCUGCUUAUUAUAUUGGGCUUUCUGAUGCAGGUCACCGACAGUGGCGAUGGGUUGAUCAGACACCAUACAAUGAAAGUGCCACGUUCUGGCACCCAGGUGAGCCCAGCAGUGACAACGAACAAUGUGUUAUAAUAAAUCAUCCAUAUUCUAGUUGGGGCUGGAAUGACGUCCCUUGCAGUGGUAAACAGAAAUCAGUUUGUCAGAUGAAGAAAAUAUACUUAUGAAUCAAUCAUUCUUCAUAGACAUGGGAUUACAUUUUUAUCAACCAUUACAUGAAGACUUGGAAAGAUCUUCUUGUAGAAGAGAUGUCCAUAGAAAUUUAGGUAGGCAGCCAAAAGUUUUACAUAUGAUAAUACUUGUUCACAUAUAUACUUAUACUUAUUUAUUCAUCCUUUACUCUUUAUAUAAUGAGAA